CUCUAGAAUGUCUCUUCCCGACCCCCGCCCCAAGCGACUGAAAAAGGAAACAUGCGCACUUCAGAGCUAGGAGCUGUCCGAGUGCUGAAAUUUAUAGGCUGGGUAAGAUCACGUCUCCGUCUCUUUCUGUAGCCCUCUCAUUCCAGCACAGGAUCUCAGCUCUUUCGCCCUCUUCUCCCCACCCACUCCAGCGCACAGAGUCCUUUCCCCCGACUCAUUUACAACUUCUUUUUAAAAGAGAACAUUUUCUAGAGAAAAGAAAUUUUCUAAAAAGAAAGGACUUAAAACAAAAGCCACCCGACUUCAAGCAUGGCAUUGUCACCAGCCCCCUUUGCAUGGUGAUGCUAUUAAGGAAACUAGAUUCCUGCCAAAUUUUGAACCUGGACAAUAGAUACUUUGUCCUAGCUUCUUUCUGGACUCAUUUGGGGGAUAUUUUCCACAAGCAUCACGGAAACAGGGAUGAACCGGCAGCUAGUGAACAUUUUGACAGCCUUGUUUGCAUUUUUCUUACAGACAAGCCACUUCAGGACAACUUUCUGCAAAGACCAUGACUCCAGGUCUGGAAAACAACCUUCGCAGACCCUAUCUCCCUCAGAUUUCUUGGACAAAUUAAUGGGAAGAACAUCAGGAUAUGAUGCAAGGAUCAGGCCAAAUUUUAAAGGACCUCCUGUAAAUGUUACCUGCAACAUAUUUAUCAACAGCUUUGGGUCAAUAGCAGAAACUACAAUGGACUACCGAGUGAACAUUUUUCUGAGACAGCAGUGGAACGAUUCUCGGCUGGCAUAUAGCGAGUAUCCUGAUGAUUCCCUGGACUUGGACCCAUCCAUGCUGGACUCCAUUUGGAAACCAGAUUUAUUCUUUGCCAAUGAGAAGGGUGCCAACUUCCACGAUGUCACGACUGACAAUAAACUGCUUAGGAUUUCAAAGAAUGGCAAAGUGCUCUACAGUAUCAGACUCACCUUGACCUUAUCCUGUCCCAUGGACUUGAAGAACUUUCCAAUGGAUGUCCAGACAUGCACAAUGCAGCUGGAAAGUUUUGGGUACACAAUGAAUGACCUGAUAUUUGAGUGGCUAAGUGAUGGUCCAGUUCAAGUGGCUGAAGGAUUGACUCUGCCCCAGUUUAUUUUGAAAGAAGAAAAGGAGCUUGGCUACUGCACAAAGCACUACAACACUGGAAAGUUUACCUGCAUUGAAGUUAAAUUUCACCUGGAACGCCAAAUGGGAUAUUAUUUGAUCCAGAUGUACAUCCCUAGCCUAUUGAUCGUCAUCUUGUCCUGGGUCUCCUUCUGGAUAAAUAUGGAUGCUGCCCCUGCCAGAGUUGCACUGGGCAUCACCACAGUCUUAACAAUGACAACCCAGAGUUCAGGUUCCAGGGCUUCUCUGCCAAAGGUCUCCUAUGUAAAGGCGAUUGAUAUCUGGAUGGCGGUGUGCCUUCUGUUUGUGUUUGCUGCCUUACUGGAAUAUGCCGCCGUGAACUUUGUCUCCCGACAACAUAAGGAAUUCCUGCGACUCCGAAAAAAACAGAAGAGGGAGAAUAAGGAAGAAGAUGCUGCUACUCGUGAAAGUCGCUUUAAUUUCAGUGGUUAUGGGAUGGGUCACUGCCUCCAAGUGAAAGAUGGAGCUUCUGUCAAGACCGCACCUGCCAACCCUGUCCCACACCCCCCACGAGAUGCAGAUGCCAUCAAGAAGAAGUUUGUGGACCGGGCAAAACGAAUUGAUACCAUAUCUCGAGCUGCCUUCCCACUGGCCUUCCUCAUCUUCAACAUCUUUUACUGGAUCACGUACAAGAUCAUUCGGCAUGAAGACAUUCACAAGAAAUAGAUGUGCCCUCCACACCCCAGGACCUUCUUGCCUAAGUGUUGUGCUUGUAAUUAAACAGUGAAAUUGUCUUUAUAUUGCUUUGACAGCAAAAACGCUAUGGGGCGGGGGGAGGGAGAAUCAUGUCUGAGGGGUGCCUGGCACCUAUGUGAAUCCAGAUAAGUUCUUCAGGCAAUGAAGGAAAAUGUUUGCUCGAUAUUAAGGGGCUACUAAAUCACAUGAACAUAAUUGCUUUCAGAGUCUUUAGCAUUCUCCUUUCAGAUAAUGCAUCAAUUAGACAUGAUCUGCAAGUUCUCGAGGGCUAUUUGUCUUUUGGUUUGGCUUGGUUUUGACAAAUUCUGGUACUGAGAAGUUAGCUUAAAUACACACACACACACACACACAGACACACAGACAAUGCUUACCAUCUGACCACAGUGACUAGCCUAUAGUAUGAGUCGAGGACCAAAAUUUUUCAGGAAAACCUUGCCUCAUUUUUAAAACAAGCCUCCUGAGCUAUGUUCUUUACAAUGUCUGUAAUUAGUGUUUCACCCCAGAAAUCCUUUUGUGGGUCAUAAAUUAUUUAUACUUACUGAGAAAACAAAAACAAAAUAAACACCAACCACAAAGAACAGAUUUGUACUUUACUGUCUGUGUAGAUGUGCAUUUAAAUAUUAUUUUUCUUUCCUAGAUGUAAUUUGGGAGGGGUUAAAUGGUGUGUUGUAUAAUUGAUUUGAUAGUAUGAUCUCUUAAAAAUAAAUGCAAUGCCCAUUUUGUUUCUGAUCCAGUUAGUGCACUAUUUUUUUUCACUUUGGCUGUAUUGACGUGCACCUUUAGUGAUCAACUGUAACUUAGCCAUUGCAACCUCCCAGCUACAGUAUUUAUGGAGAUGGUGUGUUCUGAAUGGUGUAGCUCAUACUAGCUUAAACUUCCCGUUUCUGCUCUCCUUGUAGGUGUAACUACUAGUCCCAAUGUCAACUGACUAAUGGUUUCUACUGGUAAUUGAAGUGAAUAUCAUUUUCAAUAUCUUUAACUUAAUUCAAUUUUAAAAUUGUACUGUGAUUUUCAUAACGCGUUGCCUUUUUGGUACCAGAGCUAUGUGGUUUGAAUCCUGGCUACACGUUUUAAGUAAGAAAACAACAACAACAACAAUGUAUUUUUGCUUACUUGGAUUAAAAUACAACCUGCAAAAAUAUAAUGAAAAAAUAAAAUUUUACAUGUGCUGUAAAGGGGUUUAUUUUAAAAAAAUGUAUUUGUUCAAUUUCAAUAAAGCUAAGUGUGCCAUAGGA